AUGAAGAGUGGGCUGCCAUCAGAAUUCUUCGCCUCAACUCUGCAACAAGUGUUCACUCUACACCCAACCAUAGAUGAGGACAACCAAGAAGUGGAGAAGGAACCGGGGCGAAUUAUGGGAAUCAAGGCGAUGCUGCGUGUCAGCUACCAACGAGAGAAGAAUAGAAGCAGCACCAAAUUACCAUGGUUUAUAAGAAACGACACGCUAAGAGCUGAUCUCGCAAACACCACCGUCAAAGAACACGUGCGCCAGUCGUUGACAAAUACAAUUCAACUAAACAUCGAACUACGGAAAUACAAUUCAACUAAACAUCGAACUACGGGAUAUAAACCUAUCGAUGUUAACGAGAAGAACGCCUCAAGUAUUUUGAAGAGAGUUUACAGUCAUAUAAAUGUGAUUAACCCAAAACCACCUAAAUUUAAAGUGGACGAUUCUGUGAGAAUUAGUAAAUACAGAACCGUUUUCGCAAAAGGUUACACGCCAAAUUGGACUUACGAGACAUUCACAGUUGCUAAAGUGAAACGUUCAAAUCCUACGACAUAUAUACUAAAAGAUAGUACAAAUCAAGAAAUAAAAGGAAGAUUUUACGAACAAGAAUUACAAAAAGCGCAGUACCCCGACAUCCACUUGGUUGAGCGAGUAAUUCGAAGAAAGGGCCAGAAAUCCUUAGUGAAGUGGUUAGGAUUUGACAGUUCUCACAAUUCUUGGGUAUUAAAUAAAGAUAUUCUAUAA